UUAUAUUUAAUCCGAAACUCGACAACUCUAUUUCUUUAUGUAAUUGAAGAUUUGUUCGUAUUGUUAUUUACAUUGCGUGAUUUUUAACGCACUUAAUUACAAUUUUAGGAAAGAAAAACAUUUAAUAUAUAGACAUUGAAAAAAUAUACGGUGCCUCGAUUUUAUCUUACGUCAAAUAAGUAAAUUCAACCGAAAUAUGGAGAAAAUCAAUAAAAUGUGGGUAGCGCCGUUGCCUAAAGACUCUCCGUACGUACGUCCAUUCCGUUUGCAUUACAUACAAAAUGGAAAGGAAAAGAGUUGGGACGGACUCACGGUCCACGACAGCGUGUCAAUAAUAAUUUUUAACACCACGAGACAGAAGUUGAUAUUUGUUAAACAGUUUCGCCCGGCUGUUUAUCAUUCUAUUGUAACAAGCAGCGGCGGUGAUGUUGCAAAUAUAGAUCUUCAUAAAUUUCCAAUAAAUUUGGGUAUUACUAUUGAAAUGUGUGCUGGCAUUGUGGAUAAAAAUAAGUCAUGGGGAGAAAUUGCCCGUGAGGAGAUGUUGGAGGAGUGCGGUUAUGAUGUGCCUGUAGAUCAACUUGAAGAAGUUUUCUCUUACAGAUCUGGGGUGGGCACACAAGGCUCUAAACAGAUUAUGUAUUAUUGUGAAGUGACUGACGAUCAAAAAAAGUUUCUUGGCGGUGGAACUGGGGAUGAGAUAAUCGAUGUAGUCGAAUAUUCUGUGGACGAAGCUCGCGAGAUGGUAAAUAGAAAACAUAACAUUAACAGCCCGCCUAGUUGGUUAUUAGGAAUUUUGUGGUUUUUAAUGAACAAAGUUUCAAAUAAUUAAGGAGUUUAUAGCGGAAUAUAUGAGUAAAUAACCAAAUCUCUGUCUCGUCAACCAAUGGAAGCUUUACAAUAAAGGAUUAAUCGAAAA